AUGCAUCAUCAAGAUUUGUUUAUGAUCCUGCCAUCACCUUUUGGAAGAUCAAAAAUCUUAGGAAGACGGACCAUCGGAAGGAAUAACGGUGAUACUGACAGUCAGCCCCCACUGCUGGAUAGAUCAACUCUGCAACUUCCCAAAGGUUUGACUGUGUUGCAGACUGUAUUUAUUGAUGGUCCACAGCUGGGUGUCUUCUGCACAGAAACCAUCCUUAAGGGCAUUCAGUUUGGUCCUUUCCAGGGCAAAGUGGUCAACACCAGCGAGAUUAAAACUUAUGACGACAAUUCUUUGAUGUGGGAGAUUUUUGAAGAUGGCCAAUUGAGUCAUUUUAUUGAUGGCAGAGGCUCUUCUGGAAAUUGGAUGUCAUUAGUGAACUGUGCCCGCUUCCCAGAGGAGCAAAACCUGACAACCCUUCAGUGUCAAGGCGAGAUCUAUUAUGAGAGCUGCAAAGAAAUUACACCUGGUCAAGAACUGCUGGUCUGGUAUGGUGAUUGUUACUCACAGUUUCUUGGAAUCCCUAUCAGCCUCAAAGGAACAGCAGAAGAAAAGCGAACCCCACAGCAUAGUGAAGAAUCUGUGGAGGGUUAUGAAUGUGGACGGUGUGAAAAAGUCUUUGCCUACAGAUACUACCGGGACAAACAUCUGAAGUAUACACGGUGUGUGGACCUAGGGAACAGAAAAUUCCCAUGUCAUCUUUGCAACCGAUCUUUUGAAAAACGGGACCGUCUGAGGAUCCACAUUCUCCAUGUCCAUGAGAAGCACAGACCUCAUAAAUGCUCUGUGUGUGGUAAAAGUUUCUCUCAGUCCUCUAGUCUAAACAAGCACACGAGAGUGCAUUCUGGAGAACGACCGUAUAAAUGUGUAUACUGCAACAAGGCCUUUACCGCUUCCAGCAUCCUGCGUACUCACAUCCGCCAACAUUCAGGAGAGAAGCCCUUCAAGUGUAAGCACUGCGGUAAAGUGUUUGCUUCACACGCUGCCCAUGAUAGCCAUGUGCGACGCACGCAUAGUACGAAAGGCAAAGGCUGUACAUGUACACUAUGUGGUAAAACAUUCCUAGAGGCAGAAGAACUUCGCUUCCAUAUGAAAUUCCACACAACUUUUUAGUCAGCAAAGUAAUGGUUGGGGCCAUGUCUGCCUUCCUGUGACAUUAUGUACAUUUUAAUAUUGUGCAUGCUGGAUUCACAGGUAGGCAGAAUGAGCUGGUAAGAGGCAUGAGGAGUCCUGAAAGACUA